GUCACUAGUCAUAAUAAUAAAUAAUUAUGACGUAUUAAUGAUAAGAAAUUUCGUACCUAAACGGUUUUAGUUUUCCCUCUACGAUUAUUACUAUGAUAUACAACGAUAAAAUGGACGAAGAGAAGAAUGCAGUAUAUGAAAAUAGAAUUAUUUACUCCCUGCCAGUGCGACUUGGACUAUGGAACGAAGAUCUGGCUCUACAAGAGGAGAAAGAUUCCACAACGGCCUAUAAAAGGGAACACUGUCAAAUGCUUAUCCAGAAAACGAAAAAAAUGAUGCGUAACAUCAUGAAACCAACAUCCACGGCCUACGAAACUGCCUUUGUAAGCUUCGGCGAAAACUACCAGAUAAAAACAUCAGAUCUAAACGAAAAGUUUGGUGUUUGUGACAUUUCCAAAGGAUUGUUUCUAUGUGGUUUGAUAACUGAACGGGAAAUCGACGUGUGUCAGCAUUUCAGUCAUGGCUGCAUGCUUACAGCAUCUCCGACUAGAGAAUCUUCAGUGAGAAAUACCUUUAAACUAGUCGGAUGUGGAAAUUCCAAAGACGGGGACCAAGUAACCUGUGGAGAAGACGUUCUUAUUCAAAUUUCUGAAGGCGGUAAUGGACCACUGUAUGUCCAGUGCGAGAAUUCAACCAUUGAUACUUUCGGCCACCAUCUAUCGCUUCGUUUAUCCAGCGUGGCAGAUGUCUAUUGUCGUUUCAAAAUUUUGCACUGGAACCCUCAGAGAAGAAUCGAGACCAUCGGAACACCUUUCAAGCCGGAUACCAGAGUGAUUAUUCAGCAUUCGGCAUCAGGUCAGAACUUGGCUGUGGAACCCACUAAGUGGAUUCCAACGUUUUUCGGUGCUGAAUGUACGGUGAGUUGUCAUACGUAUCGGGAUUCGCACAAAAUGGAAACUGCGGAAAACUUCUGGUGUGUAGCUUCCAGUCCGAAGUCGAAUAAAAACCUGUUUGUCAGAGCUGCUAAAGGAGAAAAUAUACCAAGUGAUAUAUUUGAAUAAAUUGACGUUUUGUUCAAUCGACAAUUUCUGUUUUUGUUUUAUAUUUAACCUUCCGUUAGCGCAUGUUAACUAAGAACUCGCAUGGGGUAUUUUAAUACCCUAAUGGAUUUUUGAUGAUGUCAUAUUAGUAAUUAUGUAAAACAUACGCAUUUAUUUAAAUUAUAACAAUUAAUUGUAGACAUUGAAAAACUUGUAACUAAAUAUUAAUUGCCUGAAUUUCUGGCAUUCAGAAACUACUUUAGCCUUGUUUGCUAAGCUAUUAUUGUUGAUAGAUUUUACUUAUCCAUUUGGUGCACUUGGGGCAGCUAACUUGUUUUUCUCUGUCAUGA